CUGGCUGCGCGGUGUCUCAGUCCUGCGCUCCGGCUUCGCUGUCACAGUCCGUCCCUGCCCGGAGCCUGGGACAGACUGGGCGCGCGCCCGUGUGGGAGUGGGACUCAGGGCAGAGGUGUCCCUCGCUGCCUUUUUUUCUUUUAUCCAAAGAUAGGGGCAGUUCGCACGCUUGCCUUCCUGUCGCGGGGUUGGGAGUGGGGUUGGUGGGCGGAGUGGUUCGUCUUUUUUUUUUUUUUUCUUUCGAACUUGUGAGCGCUUUUUUUUUUUUUUUUCCCGUUUUCUCUUUUUUUUUUUAGGCUGAGUGCCGUGCGGGCUGGUCCCCCCGGUCCCCGAAUAACCGCUUUCUGCCCCUCCUCGCCACCCCCGCCCAAGGUCGCCCCUGUCCCGGGGAGGGUGGGAAGCCGCGUCCCCGCCCUGCCUGCGGGUGUCUCCGCAGCCGUAGCCGCACCUGCCUCAAUAUGAAUGGGGUCAACGACCCGCCUCUUUUUAUAAAAGAUAUUAAGCCCGGACUGAAAAACUUAAAUGUCGUCUUUAUUGUGCUGGAGAUAGGACGCGUGACCAAAACCAAAGACGGCCAUGAAGUGAGAUCGUGCAAAGUAGCAGAUAAAACGGGCAGCAUCACUAUUUCCGUGUGGGAUGAGAUCGGAGGUCUCAUACAGCCAGGGGAUAUAAUUCGGUUGACCAGAGGGUAUGCAUCCAUGUGGAAAGGAUGUCUAACACUCUAUACUGGAAGGGGCGGUGAACUUCAAAAAAUUGGGGAGUUUUGUAUGGUUUACUCAGAAGUGCCAAAUUUCAGUGAACCCAAUCCAGAUUAUCGAGGACAGCAGAACAAAGGGGCACACAGUGAACAGAAGAAUAAUUCCAUGAAUAGUAAUAUGGGUACAGGUACAUUUGGACCAGUGGGAAAUGGUAUUCAACCUGGCCCUGAGUCACGGGGAUACCAGUUUUCAUAUGCUGGUAGAAGCAAUGGCCGGGGACCUAUAAAUCCACAUCUGCCAGGAACAGCCAAUAACCAAACAGUCAUGACCACAAUAAGUAAUGGCAGGGACCCUCGGAGAGCCUUUAAAAGAUGACCUAUGCCAAAUACUCGCAUGUAGUUCUUAAGCUACAUGUUCUACUUGAACACUUACUGCACUUUUAUUUAUUGUUAACUGUGAAAACUGUGUACUUUUUUGGUUUCUUUUUCCAUUUUCAGUUUGUUAAGAAGAGUGAUUUGUUUUUAUAGCAAAACCUGUUAAGUUGCUCAAGUCUUCUGUUGAAGAAUGGGAACAUUCUGAAAAGUAGGGGCAUUUAUUUUUAGAACAAAAACGUUAGCUAUCCUCUAAAAAACCUGCACCCAUUUCAUGGGUGAGUUACUUAAGACAUCAGCUUUAUAGCCUCUAUGAGUCUAUCAUCUGUAUAAAUUUUGUAAUAUUAACAUAAGGCUUAGUGGAAGAUAUUAUUUUGUCUCACAUUCAGAUAAUUGCCAACUAAAGCAAUAACUACCAAAAAAAAAAAAAAAAGCCACAUCAAAAAGACAAAACCCCACACAAACCUGGUUAAUGCAGUGUUUUGAAUAUUUGUGACUCCAGGAAUAAUUGGCUUCUUCAUUGAGUGACUAGUUCUAAAAUGUUUCCAAGGAUUGAAUCAUCCUAAAUUCUUGUUUUACCAAAAAAUCAUAUUCUUUAUCAGAAUUGUGGGGUAGGAUGUGAUCUGUACAGUAACAAGUAAUUUUUAGAAGAAAGCUACAUUUCCUUAAAUUAGGGUAGUGCUCUUAACAUUUGUUACCAAACUUGAAGGGAAAUUUAAAACCGAAUCCUUGAAUAUUUAUAUUUUGAAACUACCAUGUUAAAUAUUAAAAGUAUAAUUUGAAGGAGUUACAAAGUCAUAACAAAUGUUGAUCUAAUUAUUUUAAAAAUAAUUGUUGUGACCAUCACAGUAAAAGUUACUCAAGUUGAAUUCAUGUGGUGACAUACAGUCUUAAGUUACAGAUCCUAGACACUGAAGAGAUACCGAGCCACAGCAGAGUAUCUAGGCACUUUAUUUGAGAGGGGUGUGUGUGUGUGUGGGUAUGUGUGUAUGUGUGUGGUCAGAGUUUCUAACCACAAUUCACAUAGCCUUAUUAGAAGUUAAUGAUUCUCAAAGAAGCAAUUACAGCUUUAUUCAGAAAUGUAAAGAAGGAGUUUAUUUAUGUGCUAUAAAUGGUACCCAUUUCCACUUUUUACUUUUUGUAAGAGUGGAUAACUGGUAAAUUUUUUCCUUUGUUAGAAUUAAAUUCAUCUUGAAUAUUAUCUCUUGAAUAAAAACUGCAUUAUUGUUAACAGACCUACCUAAUUUUGCCCUGUCUUUGAAUGAAGAGCCACUAUAUCUCAGUGCAAAAAGUUGUAAUGACAUCAACCUGGUGACUACUUAACUGCAUGUUGCUUUAUUGCUUCUACCUGAACUCAUAAUUUUUAAUCAGACUUGUUUCCUGAAAUUUCUAUUGUGUCUGAAUUAUGAAAAUUUGUGACAAUUAUUUGCUCAAAUUCAGAGUAUCUACAAAUAUUUCAAUAUUUACUAUGUAUUGGACGCUGGAAAAUGUUACGGGGUAGACAAAAUAUUGAAUAGUCUUAAGUUUAUGGUCUAGACUAGUUUCAUAAUCUGG